GCCACGUCCAGCGGCGUAGACAAAGGCGGGCGUGCGCACGCUCUUACGUAGGCCUGGGCCGGCGGCGGGCAGGGCAGGGCAGGGCGGGAGCGGCAGGCGGAGAGGACUGCAGCCGAGCCUCACGGCCGCCCUGGCAGCAUGUAAACAACCUUUUGCCAAGAACCCAGGUCACCGCUGAGAAGGGUGCCUUAAGGGAGAAGAAUAUCAGAGGACACCAAUGCCAGGCGUGUCUGGAAUAGUGCUCGGUACAGGCAGCAUGAGACGUUCUGUGCCAGCCUCUGUUUGUUACUGGCAAAAGCUGGGGCUCUCCAGAUAGGAGGGUCCUGGAGCAGCCAGCACCGGGAGCCCCCCACAAGGGAGCAUGGGACUAGCUAUGAACUCUUUACAGUGAACUCAGUUUUAGCUUAUGAAGGAAUUCUAAGUAAAAGUUACUUAAUUUCGGCACACUGACAUUCAGAAGCCUUUGGUGUCACGUUCCAGCAAUUGCUUUUGUCUACUGGAAUUAUCAGGAUUCUUCUGGCAUCAAGGUGAACUCUUCUUGGUACUUCUGGCAAUACAGACCUUUAGGACAAAUUCAUCUGCUGAACGCUUUGGGGCAGGAAAAAAGUAAAACCUUGGAAGCAGCCCACAUAGCUGAACAGAAAGCUCUCCCUUUCCACUCACUUGCCCGGAAACUUAGUAAGGACUCGGAUGCCGUUCCUGAAGCCUUGUCCUGCCUUGUUCACCACAGCUCUAUCUGUGCCGGGGAGACCUGGAAUUUCUGGGGUUCUCCUGUGGCUCUUUUCUACUACUCUGUAUUCAGACAGUUGGAUGACAUGAACUUUGAGAUGGAGUUUGCCACCCGUGGGGAACUGACUUCCUUUCCAAGGCUUGUGCUGUUGGAAGGGACCAUCUGAAGACGCGUUUGUGUGUAGAAAGGAGGGCACCAGCCUGACCUGCAUCCUCCACCAUGUUCCUGUUGCUGCCUUUUGAUAGCUUGAUUGUCAACCUUCUGGGUAUCUCCCUGACUGUCCUCUUCACCCUGCUACUUGUGUUCAUCAUAGUCCCUGCCAUUUUUGGAGUCUCCUUUGGUAUUCGAAAGCUCUACAUGAAAACAUUGUUAAAGAUCUUUGCGUGGGCUACCUUGAGAAUGGAGAGAGGAGCCAAGGAGAAGAACCACCAGCUUUACAAGCCCUACACCAACGGAAUCAUUGCAAAAGAUCCCACUUCUCUGGAAGAAGAAAUCAAAGAAAUUCGCCGAAGCGGUAGUAGCAAGGCUCUGGAUAAGACACCGGAGUUUGAGCUCUCUGACAUUUUCUACUUUUGCCGGAAAGGAAUGGAAACUAUUAUGGAUGACGAAGUGACAAAGAGAUUCUCUGCAGAGGAGUUGGAGUCUUGGAACUUGUUGAGCAGAACCAAUUACAAUUUCCAAUAUAUAAGCCUCCGUCUUACCAUCCUCUGGGGGUUAGGAGUGCUGAUUCGGUAUUGCUUCCUUCUGCCACUCAGAAUUGCACUGGCAUUCACAGGGAUCAGCCUCUUGGUGGUGGGCACUACCAUGGUUGGAUACCUGCCAAGUGGGAGGUUUAAGGAGUUUUUGAGUAAACAUGUUCACUUAAUGUGCUACCGGAUCUGUGUGCGAGCCCUGACAGCCAUCAUUACCUACCACAACAGGAAAAACAGACCAAGAAAUGGUGGCAUCUGUGUGGCUAAUCAUACAUCUCCCAUUGAUGUGAUCAUCUUGGCCAGCGAUGGCUACUAUGCCAUGGUGGGGCAGGUGCACGGGGGCCUUAUGGGUGUGAUCCAAAGAGCCAUGGUCAAAGCCUGCCCACACAUCUGGUUUGAGCGUUCUGAAGUGAAAGAUCGCCACCUGGUGGCUAAAAGACUGACGGAGCAUGUACAAGAUAAAAGUAAGCUGCCCAUCCUCAUCUUCCCAGAAGGAACCUGCAUCAAUAACACAUCAGUGAUGAUGUUCAAAAAGGGAAGCUUUGAAAUUGGAGCCACUGUUUACCCUGUUGCUAUCAAGUAUGACCCUCAGUUUGGUGAUGCCUUCUGGAACAGCAGCAAGUACGGGAUGGUGACAUACUUGCUGAGAAUGAUGACCAGCUGGGCCAUUGUCUGUAGCGUUUGGUACCUGCCCCCUAUGACCAGAGAGAAAGAUGAAGAUGCUGUGCAGUUUGCUAACAGGGUGAAGUCUGCCAUUGCUCGGCAAGGAGGAUUGGUAGACCUUCUGUGGGAUGGGGGAUUGAAGAGAGAAAAAGUGAAGGACACGUUCAAGGAGGAGCAGCAGAAACUGUAUAGCAAGAUGAUUGUUGGUAACCAUGAGGACCGGAGCCGGUCCUGAGCCUCUGCAUGGCCCUGGCUGGAGCUGCCACCUCUAAAUUCUGACAAGUGAGCCAGCUGGAGUUGUUGCUGCCACAACCUCUGCCACCAUCCCUGCCACCCACUGCUGCAUCUUCCAGACUCUGGCCCUCAGGCUGUUCUGGGCUCCAGGACUCCUGAGCUUCAUCAAAGCCCCAUGUGCUGCCUGCUGUCCUCUAACCAGAAAGCUGCUAGCCGGGGCUCCCCAGGACAAAAUGCCUCUUGUUCCUUUAUAAUAAGCCUGUAAGAGGAAGACCAUUAAAGCAGCUCUGUGGUAUGCUAGCUGGUGGGAAGGCAGGCCCUGUUCUUGCCCUGAGAGAAUGUUGGAUAUUAUUGUGCAGGGACAUACACAUGCUGGGGAAAGUCAGAAGAGACAUUGCUGAGGCAGGUGCCCAAACAGCCACCAGCCUGGGAGCUUUUAGAUGGGACAAGAAGAAAGCUAUCUACAGGAGUGUUGGUUCCACUCAGCAGAUGGAGUUAUAAGUUCUUGUGUCUUGCUUACGAAGAUCAGCAGGGGAGAUAGGAAGAAGCCAGUGGCCCACUGGCCAGCUAGCUAGCCCCAGGAAGAUUUGAUUCAGACUCCAGGCUGAGCCUGAGUCCCCCACAUGACUUGUCUGUUUACUGUGUCUCAGUUUCCCUGUCUGUUACAUGGAAUUGCCAAGGGUGGUGAUGACCUACCUCACAGGGUUGUUGUGGGGAUUCUAGUGCUAGUGUAUGUGAAGGAAAUGGAUGCUGGUCUCACAGGGAUGGCUUCACAGAGUGUGGCAGGACAAGGUCAGCACUCACAGCUGCUGCCUGGGAUUUUAAACCUGUUUGUGAGUAAAUAAAACUGGAUGGUAAAUGAACUUAGGAACUUUGCCUUCACUCCCCGAGAAAUGUAUUUCUUGCCAGUUAACAGCAGUGGUACUUGAAAAUGACCCUGGCCUGCAGGGUCUGGAAUGAGGAUAGUAUUGCUCAGGAGAGGGUAACCUUUCAAAUAAGAUGUUUUCAUGUCUCCAUUUCUAGCUUUCUCCCCAGAUGAGAGCCAUGGAAACAAACUGUUGAUGAGGUUGGAGGGAGGCCCUGUCGGUGGCAUUCUGGAUUUGAGAACUGUGGGACACGGCAGAUAUUAAGGCGUGAGGAGGGAGUGGAAGUGCUGGGGAGGAUGAGUUAGGCAGGAGGGACGGGUACACUGCAUGCACCCGUGGGAGAAAUGGCAGGCCUGCAAGCCACCAACAACACCAAAGUCAGCCUCUUUCUUCUGAGGUCUACCAACUUUGAAUUCCUCCAAAGGAAGAAUUCCCUCCUACCCACAUGAUCUCCAAGUCUAGGAGUACAGCCUGGCUCCCAAGGCUAUGAACUGAUGCCACUCUGACACUUGAGGACCCUGUGGUGUCACCCCACCUUCCUGUCACCUGAUAGCCUCCCAUUCCCUCCUGCCUGCUCCAUUCCCAGUGGAAAACACUUUUCAAAUAAAAACACCAAUGACUGUAAGAACAGCCUCGUGGGGACUGUUUUACAAAUGUUCAAAAAUAAAAAGUGGGUCUCGGCUUAUGUA